GCACAACAUGAAGAUGCAAAAUUCUCUCACUCUGAAGGUAAUCAUCCUGACUGCAGUUGCUUCUAGCCCAAUUGCACGGAAUGAGAGGCAAGAACACUUCCACAAACUCCUGCUGAUCUCUUUCGAUGGAUUCAGGUGGAAUUAUGAUCAGGAUGUCAACACUCCAAAUAUGGACACUUUAGCGAAGGAAGGAGUAAAGGCAAAAUAUAUAACACCUCCUUUUGUGACCAUGACAUCACCAUCUCAUUUCACAACCAUCACUGGUCGGUGGAUAGAAGACCAUGGAGUGAUCCAUAAUAUGAUGUUCAACACAGAGACUCUCAGAAAGUAUAGCCACAAAGCUACACAGAACAAGACAGAAUGGUGGGACAAUCAAGUCCUUCCACUCUGGAUCACAGCACAGAAUCAGGGGAAAAAAACAGCCUCAUUUCAUUAUCCUGGGGGUGGUGCUAAUUACAGUGGUCAGGCCGUUAACAGAAGCUUAGUUGAAGCCUUUGACCACCCUGACAGCAAUGAGACAGAAUGGCGUGAGAAUAUCGAUAUUGUCAUGAACUGGUUCACCAAGGAAGAUUUUGAUUUUGUCACACUGUAUUAUGGGGAGCCUGAUAAUAUAGGUCACAAGUUUGGCCCUGAAACUGAAAACAGGAAAGCUAUAAUCCAACAGAUUGACCGAACCAUUGGCUAUCUGAGGGCAGCCAUUGAAAAAUAUGGUUUGAGCAAUACCCUUAAUGUCAUCAUUACAUCUGAUCAUGGAAUGACUACUGUCAAGAAAAAACCAAAUGUUAAAGAGAUCUUGUUGAUCAACUACAUUAAAUUCAGUGACUUGGUGAAGUUUGACAUUCUAGACUACGGAGGGUUUGGUAUGAUCCUGCCCAAACCAGGGAAAGAAGAAGAAAUUUAUCAAGUUUUGAAAUCUGCCCAUCCUAACCUCAAGGUGUACAAAAGGGAAGAGUUUCCAGAACGCUUCCAUUAUUCAAAACAUGAACGAAUUUUGCCAAUCUUGCUUUACGGCGAUCCUGGCUACAGUGUGAAUGGGAGAUUUAUCUUAUAUGUUAACAAAGGUGAUCAUGGAUUUGACAAUGAAGACAUGGACAUGAAAACCAUAUUUAGAGCUUUUGGUCCAGACUUUAAAAAGGGUUACUUAGCUGAACCUUUCGACAGCAUCCACAUUUACCCACUGAUGUGUCACCUUCUGGGAGUCCAACCAGAACCCAAUAAUGGCUCCCUUGCGCUAACUCAGGACAUGCUCAAUUCUGCAGCAUCAAAAAAUCUCCUUCUACCCAUACUUGUAGGUUCAACAAUAGUGGUCCAGCUUCUGAUAUGCAUUUAAACUGCACCAUACAGGGCCAGCAUAAGAAGAAGAGGAAAGCCGAAUGGGAUACUCAUAGCUAUAUUUGUGAAAUGUGUGAGUUUUCAUCUGGCAGAUAUCCACCUGCCCACCAAGGACAAAUGCUUAACACAGAGAAGAGCAAACACUCCAUCACUAGUCAGAAGAGCAAUUCUAUGUCCUGUUGGCAUGCUCAGAAAUGCCAGCUGCAGUGCCAGCUGCAGUCUGCCCUGUGCUACAGAUCCCAGCAAUUACUGAUCAGCCUGCAGUAUAUCUUUAACAAGACUUCAAAAAACAGGAAAGGGCAAGGAAGAAAAAGAUGAUGUCAAACCAACUAAAACUGGAAGUCCGUGCUACAUGCCACCCCUCCCUCCAAAACCCUAUAAGAGUUAACAAAACUUCUGUAUGAGUAGCACAUAGUUCUGACAUUUCUUCUCAUUCUAAAAAAAAUUCCAUCUGUUUGCAACUAUCAUCCUGAUGAAGAAAAAAGGUUUUGCCAUCAACCAGCUUAUGAUGCUUCAUCUUCAUUUUUCCAAGGAAGAAUCUUGGUGUUGGAAUGAAAUAAUCUAAAGUCUCGCACACAAGCAGGUCAACAACGAUAUGGGAGUUUCCGUUGGGUAGCUAUGUUAGUCUGCAGUAGAACAGCAAGAGUCCAGCCCAGCUUGAGUAUAAGAAGACCAACGCAGUUUUCAGGGUAUAAGCAUUGGAGAGUCAAAGCUCCUUUCCUUACAUGGCUGGUGAAACUUUGACUCUUGAAAGCAUAUAGCCUGAAGAUCUUGGUGGUCUUUAAGGUGCUAGUGGACUAAAUCUUAAUGAGAUGGUAAAGCCUGGUGGUGGUUGGACACUGCCACUUCAUACCAUGCUGGGGGGGGGCGGUCUCCCUGCAAAAACCUGGCACCGCUGUAAGUCCUGGCCAAGAAUUUUUGUCUGCAAUGAGCUAGGGUUUGUUUGUUUUUUACUUGCAGGGAUUUUUAUCUUGUACUCAUUUAAUGUAUGUGGGAUUUGGAACUGUAUUUCUUGUUAGUUUGUGUCUCCCCAUGGGAAACUCCCACUCACACAUUCACACAUGCACCUUUGAGAAGACGUAUGACAGAAACAUGAAAAACAAAACAAUUUGAUCUCUGUUUAGUUGUGCUUAUGUACUCUCUUGGGGGAGAAAGAAAAAAUGUUGUUAAAUGUAGUUGAUCUUAAUGCUUUUGUUUGCUUCUGAUGAUCUGCCUUGUGCUGCUGUUGGAAAAAAAGGAGAGAUGGGAAUUUUUUAAAAAAGUGUGUUCCUAAGGGA